AUAUUCUAUCGCGAUACAGUGUUGGUGAAUUGUGAUCAGUAGCCUUUUGCCAUAGAUUGACAGUUGUGUUGUGACAUAUUUGAUAAUAAUAAGUUUUAAUAGUGAAUGCAUUAAUAAUUCAUCUAUCAUGUCGGUUCAAGAAAAGUUUGAAAAAGCUGUCAAUGUGAUUAAAAAUUUACCCAAACAUGGUUCCUACCAGCCCUCUAAUGAAUUACAACUGAGGUUCUAUGCUUACUAUAAACAAGCGACUGAGGGAUUCAACUACCACCCACGGCCCAGCUUCUGGGAGGUGGUCAAGCGUGCUAAGUGGGAUGCCUGGUCCAAGCUGGGCAACAUGAGUAAAGAGGAGGCGAUGAUCCACUACGUAGAGGAACUGCGCAAGAUUGUGGAGACAAUGUCUUACACCGAUAAUGUAGCAAAUUUCCUCAACUCUUUGGACGACUUUUAUGAGAACGUCCCUGUCGAAGACUUGGAGAUGCUGAUGGGCCCCAUCAUUCAACAAAUAAGAUCACGGCCAAACUCUCCUCUUAGCGGAUCACCCUUGGCAUCACGUGACACAUCACCCACUAGGACUUCCUCCUUUGACGAUACUCAAAAUCCAAGACUGAGAAGGCCUCCAGCGCCACCUAAUACCAAAAGUGUCAUCAGCGGUAGCUUAGAGACAAGUCCUACCAGCAGCUACUCUGCCUCACCCCUCCCACCAGAUACAGACGAUGAAGAUGAAAAUUUUCUGGACACUGAAAUGGAGCCCGAGGGAAAAGACUCAACUAAACCGCUGUGCCCCUCAGAUAACAGUCCAUCUGAACUUCCCGGAAACAAUCCUUCUGAGGAUCAGCUGGAUACACACCAACCACGACCAGUGCCAGUUGGUAAUAAAGACCCUGCUGAGAGAAGAAUGGCAUCAGAACCCACUGUUUCACUUGAAGUGAAACAAGAGAUUGUGGAGAUAAAGAAGCGUUUACAAUCUAUUGAGACCACGAUUCAGUCAGAGCCGUGUACUCCCGCUGCAACCAAUUCCGUCCCAGGAGGAACACCAGUAGGUGUUGUGGGAGUCAACGUGUACAGAAUGGUGGUGGUGCAGAUGGGGAGAGAGGUGGACAUAUUGCGACAGCGCAUGGCUGAUUUAGAAGAACAGAACCAACGCGAGAUAGAAGAAAGAAACGCAACAUGGAGGCCCCUAGGAUUACCUAUGCAGACCACAAUUUUCCUGAUGGCCUGGCCUCUUCUUAUGAUAUUUUUCGCUAAAUGGUUGAGUGAAAGAAGAAAUCGUUAGCUUUCUCCUCUUUAUGACAUUAGAAGUUGGCAAUAUUUUUUUGUAAUUUUUAAGUUGUGUUAAUCUUUGAUUUAUGUUACCUAAUGUUUAUCCGACAUUAUCAUUUAUGUACUGGUUUAGACACCAAAGAAAAUGACUUCUAAUGCUCCUUCAUGUAUUGAUUUUUAUUCACAAAAACAUAUCACAACUUGUAUAUUCAACUUUUAGUGUUUGAUUGUUUUGUUUGUCAUAAAAGCACAUUUUAAGCUGCAUAUACCUAAUUUAGGUUCUGACUGAUUGAAUUAGCCUUCGCUAUAAAUGUUUUUUUGUUGCAGUUUAAUUUCAACUAAAUAAAUAGUGUUUUUAUAAUAUUUGUUACACUAAGUUAAGUUAUCACAACUGUCAUUAAAGUUUGUGAUAGUUUUAUUCUUGUUUCUGUGCUGUAUGUAUUAUUAAAUCCGGAGCUCAAGAAAUGUGUAUAACAAAAUUCACAAUAGUUAUAAUGAAUAUUUUGUAAUUCACACUGAUGUAAAACCAUCACAUGUUUCAAGAUAGCUAGUUUGAGGAGCAACGAAAUUUUUACCACUUUGAUGUUUCUUCUAGUUUAUGUUUAAGAGUCAUGUAAAGCUGUGUUGCUUUACAAAGCUGUGAAUUUGUGAUAUUUUAAUAUAGUUAGUGGUAUUGGAUAUUAUGAAAAGAAAGCAUAUAUAAUGACAACCUUUUUUACUCACAUAGUUAGUUGAAGUAAUGUUUAAGCAAUUUUAGUACAGCUUUUCCUAACACAAGCAACACCAAUAGCAUUGGAUCUAGUAGGUAUGGGUCAAGUAAUUGUGUUCAUUUUUAUUUGUGUGAGCAGAGAUCUGUUUUCAAAUAUCCAGGUUUUUAUGUAACUUUCUAGAUUGUUGGAAUUCACAGUCUCCAAAAAUAUUACAUAUUGUAAAAGGUGCUACUUCAGAUGUCUGUAUAUUGUUACAAUUAUACUGUUUGUGAAAUAUUCAUUUUCAUACAUAAUUAAUAUGAAACUCUUAAGAUGUUAAGAUAUGUAGAUGAAAAGCACAGAACUAUUCAAUUUCUUUCCCUUGGAAAAUAUCAAACAGAUUUUUCAAUGAUCAGCAAAAUCUUGAUGUUUGGUGAAAUCAUGCCUCUUGAGAUGUGCUGUGUUCUUGAAAAUCACGUAAAAAUUCAUGUAAAUUACAUAUAAUUUUUAUUUUUUCAAUACAUUUGAGGAAGUUCAAGGUUAAUAGAAAGGAAACCAGCAUUUUCCAUUAGUGGUAAUUUGGCCUGUAAUGGUAACAUUCGAAGAAAACUAUGCACUAACUUUUGUUUUUUACUAACACUAUUACACCAAAAUUUGCAUUUUAAUUAAAUAUUCCAAUACGUUUUCAACCUUGGUUUAAAAAUCAGUAAUUUUGUGUAAUUUGUUUGAAAUUUAUAACUCACAAUCUUUACAACUACACCAGUUUUCUAUUUCAUUGAGUUUAAGCAUAGACCUUUAGUAAUUUAUAUUGAAAUUCAGCCCAUACAUUCCUUGGAUAGAUUUUCAAAAUGUAAGUUAAAUAAUCAAACAAAUAUUUAAUUAUUUAUUGUUGGUACAAUAUUCUAAAUAUUCAAGUCAGUUUUCUGGUGCAAUUACUUCGCUGUAAUGAACCUUUUUUUUUCAUUGACAUAUAACAGCCAACUUUCUAGAAGUAGUUCUGAAUCAUGUUGAAUAUAAUAUAAAACCGAGGAAAGAACUCAGAACUGUAAAGAUAUGAUUAGGGGGUUGUCUAACUAAUUGACUUUGAUGUGCUAUUUUACUAUGCUGCUUUGACCUACAUAUUUUGAUUAAAGUUACUGUAAUUUUCCAUUUCAGUACAGUUACUACACGUUUAAUACAUAAUAUUGGAUGUAUGAUAUUGUAAUGUAAAAUAUAUUUUUGUACACAAUGUUAACUGUUAAUUAAAGUUUAGCGUUGUUUGUUUUUUUUA